AUGAGUUCAGCCCCUGCCACCUACUUGUCAGGACCAUUCCAGAAGGAUGUUUGGUCAUUGACAAAUGACGCUCUUUUGGAAGUUUCUAGGGAUGAGAAGCGCAAGUUUUCCGAUGUGUAUCAUAUGGGUAUGGGCUAUUUUAAUUAUUCCCCACCAGAAUUUAUCAUUGAAGAGGCACAGAAGGGCUUAAUGGUACCAGAAAACAACCAGUAUUCUCCACAGGGUGGUGAGCCUAUAUUGGUAGACUCAUUAAUCAAACUUUAUAGCCCUGUGUUCGAGACUCAAUUGACCAACGAAAAUAUUUUGGUUACGACUGGCGCCAUUCAAGCUCUUCUUGAGAGUUUAAUGGCUUUAAUAAAGCCUGGAGAUGAGGUGAUUGUCAUAGAGCCUUUCUUUGAUCCAUAUAUACAUCUCAUUAAAAUUGCAGGGGGUGUUGUGAAGUAUGUCCCUCUAACUAAUCCAAAUCAGGGUAAAAAGAGAAUUUUGGAAGCCAAUGACUGGAUCUUAGACCGUGAAACCCUUCGUGCAGCCUUUACCGAUAAAACAAAGCUUAUGAUUAUCAACAAUCCGAAUAACCCUCUAGGGAAAGUAUUCAACCGCGAUGAGCUACUUGAGAUGGCAACGUUGUGCGUUAACAAUGGUGCGUACAUAAUUGCCGAUGAAGUGUAUGAAUUUUUACAAUUCACACCAAAUCCUCUUAGCAGAAUUUCUAAUUUAUCCGAAGCGAUUGCCCAAAAGACCAUAACAAUAGGCUCAGCAGGGAAGAUAUUCAGGGUUACGGGUUGGAGAGUUGGAUGGAUGAUUUCAAAAAAUCGUGAACUUGUGGAAAAGGUGACAGCGGUUCAUGUUAGAAUGGGGUUCUGCUCACCAUCUAUUUCCCAGGUAGCCUCUGGUUUAGGUAUUCAAAGAGCGCUUGAAUGUGGAUAUUUUCUAAGCAUGCCAAACGAGUUCGACAGGAAAUUCUCGAUUAUUUAUAAAGCUCUGGAUUAUCUGGGCGUAUCUUAUACUAAACCUCAGGGUGCCCAUUUUAUCAUAACUGAUUUUUCAAAGGUGAAAAUCCCUGAAGAUUAUCAAUUUCCCGAAUAUCUAAAGAAUAGAGCUAGAGAUUUCUUUAUUUCUUAUUGGUUGACCCAAGAGUUCUGUAUUCUUUUGUUGCCGUGCAGCGAAUUCUAUUGUGAAGAGCAUCGCAAGAACUCUGAAACUUAUUUAAGAAUCACCGUUAGCAAAGACGAAGAUUAUUUGGAAAAGGUUGCUAGUAGACUAACGUUGUUGAAGGAGUGUAUGACAUAUUGA